AUGACCCCACCUGAGGAAGACUAUCGCUUUAUUGUCAGAAUUCCACAGAGGGACGAAAUCUCAGAGAAUGCCUACCAGCAAAACCUUACAGCCUUCUUCCUGCGCAUGAACAAUGUACGGCUGGAUAACGAGGCCCGAGUUGCAGUUGCAGUGAAAGGCGAUUUAACCAAGAAGGAUCCGCUUAACCUCUUUCCCACCCCUGGCCCGGCGACCCCAAAUCCAUCAUCUUUGUCUUCCAUUGGCAGAUAUGUCAAGGAGUGGAAAGGUGGUGCCAAAUACAACAAGAUAUGCUGUAUUGGCAAGGGUGCCUUUGCUGUGGUGUACAAGAUGACCGCCAAGUUCGACGGCGUUCCAUAUGCAGCAAAAGAGCUUGAGAAAAGACGAUUUAUGAAGAACGGAAUUCUGGACCAGAAGGUAGACUCUGAGAUGAAAAUUAUGAGAAAGAUCAAGCACCCCAACGUCGUUCAAUAUAUUGAACAUAUUGAUUGGGAAGAUUAUCUAUACAUCAUCAUGGAAUAUGUUCCUGGCGGUGAUCUUGGCAGCUUGAUCAACGAGCGUGGACACUUGUCCGAAUCGAACGUCAAUACAAUGGCAGCCCAACUGCUCUCCGCUCUGAAGCAUUUGCACCAGAUUGGCAUCACGCAUCGAGAUAUUAAGCCCGACAACAUUCUCAUCUACAGCCGCGAUCCAUUCCAUGUCAAACUGACGGAUUUUGGUCUGUCAAAGAUGAUCGACAGUGAAGAGACGUUUCUCCGAACCUUCUGUGGAACUUUGCUUUAUUGUGCGCCAGAGGUGUACUCGGAGUAUCGGGAGUAUGAUCGCAAUGGAAAGAGAUCUCGAGUUGCUGACCGCAAAUCGCUUCCACCGCAACGGUAUGGCAAUGCUGUAGAUAUCUGGUCCUUGGCCGGAGUCCUGUUCUACUCUCUUUGCGGCUCCCCACCAUACCCAGUCAAGAACGGCACAAGCUACCAAGAGCUCUUGAAUCAAAUCAUGACUCAGGCUCUUGAUAUUCGUCCACUUCAGCGAGCCAAUAUUUCCGAAAAUGGUAUCCGCUUUGUCCGAAGCAUGCUCCACAUCCGCCCCGAAUACCGUGCAUCCAUCGAAGAGUUAGAGCACAGUUCUUGGCUGACAGGUGGUCCCGACAGUCUGGAAAUGUCGAUGGAAGAAGAUGAAGUCGACAUGAUUGGCGAUGGAUACAUAGACCCGGAUCUUGAGGAGGGUACUUCGCAAUUGAGCCUCAAUGCUGAUCGCCAGAUUAAUGAUAGUCAGGAGGAGAUUGGUAACGAAAGCGACCUCACAGAGAUGGAACCACUCGAGAUCCCUAAUAGCUUUGACUCGAGCGACGGCAAUCUGAACGAAAAUGGCGAAAACUACGGCUUUAUGCGAGGCAACAGCAAUCCUGGCGGUCGAUUAUUUGGUGAAGUAAAUAUUUCUGCUGUGGGAAGCUCUGGCGCGAUUCCUCUCGAUCAGUUGAACCUUCCUGUUCCAGCGACGAAUCACAGGGGCCUGCAUUCAGAUACCUCCGAGGAGUCGCGAUACACCACACAGAGCGAGCCAGCUCACGAAUAUUCGCGAACUCAUGGCGCAUCUCUACGAUCGAAUACCAUAGCUGGAAGCACAAUGCCGAAUAAUUUGCCCCCACCUUCUGCACCGCAUCUAUCUCCAAUUACUGCCAACAACCACGACGAGCGUUUUGCUAGAUCCUCGAGCCUUAUGGGCGCAGAGUCAUACCUCGGACACUUGAAUAUGCACUCUCCUUCCUCUGUUGUUUCGCCAGCUGCCUCGCCAGCCGCCUCCAGCCCUGGACCACAACCAGACGAAGUUCGAGAGACACGAGAGAAUGGCGUCAGCCUUCGAAGACCCCGCGAAGAUGACACCGAUGGCGAUGAAACCUGGCGACCAGCUGAUCUGCCUCCUAAGAGACAGCGUAGGUCAAAGCGAGAAAUCAACAUGCCUGUACCGCCCAGCAUUUUCUGGGACCCGAAAGACAAGUCAACUCACCAUAACAACUACCCUAGAAUGUCCUCUACGGAAUUUGCCCAUUAUCAAAAAUGGGCAGAGAGCAAAGGAGAGAAGUUCGUUCCAGGUCAAAAGACAUUCGAGAUGACUAUGGAGAGUUUCAGAAGCAGUCGAAGUCGAAGCUCCUCCCUUGAACCAGAAACUACUACUCGAGCCAAUUCGGAACCUACAAAGGAGGAGGGUCGACAUAUGCUGAUGAAGCGCGAUGAGAGACCCUUGGCAGAUAGUCUAAAGAAUCAAGCCAACAACGUCCUCGCAGCUGAUAAGAAUGCUUCCAAUACAAUCCGACAGCCGGUAGUCGGCAACGACUUCCAACCACCUAAGCGCAUUCUAGCUAAAAUCUUUGCUACCCCCGAUAGCGCCAUGCCAACCAUCGCUAUAAAUGUCACGGAUUCACUCACGAGCUGGGGUCGGGGCCCUUUAGCUACUGUCUGCUAUGCCAAUGGAAAUGACACUCGGAUCCCCAAAUAUGCUUUCAAGAUCCUUCUCUUCAAGCCUGGCUUCUAUGAUCAUGGUCGGUCUGGACUUGUUCAGACAUGGAGUGAGCAGGACCAAGAUAUGAGUUUCUACAUCUCGACCAAGUCAUCGCAGGGAAUUUGGGUCAACAACUUCCUUCUUCACUCUAACGAUCACUCGAAUCCCAUUACGAAGUCAAAGUACUGGGGCCAGCUACAGCAUGGCGACGUGAUUGAUCUCCUUCGCCAAGGCAAAAAGGUAAUUAGACUGAGAUUCGAGUGCCUUUGGGGCAAGUCAAAGCAACCAAGAAGCGAAGGUGAUGUCUUCAAACUUGUUCAGGAUGAAACUUUCUUAAAUGAGUUGGACGAAGUUGAUCUUGUACUGCAAAAAGAGAUCUUGGCAGAGCAAGACCGUCGCAGAGAAGAAGAGAAAAAGAUUCUGGCACUGGAGAAGAAGAAAGAAGAGUUGGCUCAGCAAGAACCCUCCAGAAAGUCUCCUAACUUCACGCAGUCCUUCAUGGGCGCGCCUCACACCGCCUGA